GCCUCGGCACAUUUCAACCCCUCAAAGUGAAAAUGAUGAUGCUCGAUUCCGGAUUUGCAGCUAGAAGCAGAAAAGAAGAAUUCUAAAUAGAUCGAGUCAGGGAGAACAAGGAAGAUCUCUUCAUCUUCCACGUACGAAAUACGAAGUUGAUUUUCUGGAGGCGGAAUCAAUAAUAAAAGCGGGUAUCUGAGAAGGGGCUCGACGGUGAGUUGACUCAGUUGACUCAUUGUCCACGUUCUGGUCGUGGAGUCCUCGGUCGUGGAUGAAUCCGGCUGGGUCAAUCCGAAUCCACCGAGUUUUGAUAAGUGAUGGUCGUUUGUGGAAUGUUGGGGUUUGCAUGCAUGUGGAAGUGAGAUGUCUAGAACUGGAGGACAAUCCGAAACCGAAUUUCUAUCUUGUUUGUAUGAAGAUGAACAUCGUGAGUUGGUGAUUUUUUCGAGACUUCUUGUCGUCCAAGUCGAAGUCUUGAGGUCUGACAAGCCGUGCAGCCGCCGUCAAGGUUCUUCUUCUGGGCUCGCUUGGCCGAACAUCCGUUGUCCGCCAGUCCAGUCGGUUUGUUUUUAAGGUUACUCCGCUUCGUCAUAAGUACUGUACCGUACAGUAUUCAAGAGGGGACUUCCAACUACCAAAACUUAGCGAUCCAGCAUUGCCGUAGCCGUUGCCACUAUUUUGUCUAGUCGAUCCUCCCAAUUGAGUUGCAAAGUCUUCUGCCGACCUCGCCAAAACAAACACCAGAUUUCUGUAGGGAAACCACCCUCGCGGAGACGUACCAGUGCCAGUGCCUCUACGAAGUACAACUCCCGCAUCCCAAGAGGCCGGCCUUAUCGCAUGCAAAAGCCGAGUGUCGCCGUCUUGAUUGUUGAUUGGCGGUGUUUUCUUUAUCGCCGCUGCUGCAUUGCACUUGCCUGCUUCGCGUCCGCAUCCUAUGACCCUAGCUUCUCCGGAUGCCCAAGAAGGUUCCAUGCUCCAUGUUCAAUGCCAUCAACCACCACCACCACCACCACCACCACUUAAGCCCCACCAUUAGGUUACCGUGAACUCUGCGACAAAAGAUACACACACACAUAUCUCCACGACGCUCUACACACACGAUCCUACGCGAAUCUGCUCCUCCAUCCCGGGCUGGCUGGGCCAUUUCCAAUCCCAUUGAACAUCCCAUCCUAAUUCUUACAAUAUGUCGACUACGCCUGCAGCGGGGAGCACGCCUACACCCCAAGCACGCCCGAUUGGUGAGUUGAGCUUACCUUCUACAUGCCCAUUGCGCAAUCUUCGAGGCGUCAUUUCGUCGGAUAUCAACCACAUUCUAACUAAGCCGCCUAUUGCUUUUAGAUUCCGAAGCAAAUGUCGUAACAUCUCCCGCUCCAAACAGCAAGAAACCAGAAGAGAGUCUCGCUGUCCGCUUCGCUUCCGUCGACCAGGAGAUAGAGCCUGCUCAAAUCGAUUCCCUCGAAGCCACGCCCUCCUCGAACGAUAUUCCUAGUAACGAAGAUGGCGAAGAGGUCGAAACAUUGAAGAAGACCGCCUCCGCACUGAACCCACCACGACUGCAAGAACGAAGAAUGAGCGCCUUUGCUUUUGAGCCAGUUUCCCUGCCUGCGUCGAGGGUACGUUGAUUUCCAUGUAUUCCGAUUUUUACAAAGAGCAGGCGUGGUGGUAGGCAAGGACGAUGGCGGAGUUUUCUCAGCUCGGCGUCUUAAAGGUUCAUCAAACGGUAAACGAGCGGUGGAUUUCCCUGGGCGUACCGAGAUUUCAUUAUUUUAAUGCCUUGAUGGUAUUCCCUAGGAUUACCCCCACUCGUUACCGAGUGACCCCCUAAAUAAGACCCACUCGGAGGCAUUGACGUGUUGACAUUCCCUAUGUGGAAGUUCGUCUGAAUAAUCGCUGAUACUUCUCGAUCGCAGGUCGCCUCCAACGAAGAUAACUCUCGCGAUCCCAGUCGUCAUAAUACGCAAUCAUCCGGACGACCAUCACCGCACCAAAGCCCCCGGGUACAUUCAAUGCACUCGCCACCGAUAACACCUGCGGCAACACGAUCGCGAGACGCCGUGGAGGGAACUACGGUUACGAAGGGCGCGCCUCUGCAGAAGGUAGAGGCGGAUGAGGCGGCUGUGAGCAUCCAGAUAUCGGGCGCGCAGAUAUCACCUCCCGGGACGUCCGGAACAUCCCCUACAACUACAAAUGUCGAGGAACCUCGCCCUGGCUCGUCUGGAAAUUUAGUUACGAGACCAGCAAGCUCAUCAACAGAGGCAUCCGGUGCACCAUACGGCGGUCAUAGAGGAGCCUUCUCGAUAGGGCCCGGCAGCUCACACGCGUCGUCAGUACCAGUCUCUCGGGAACAGAGUCCAAGUCGACAAACGUUCAGUAGACCCUUUACACCAGCCGGUGAUGUGAACGACCCAUAUGCCGCACACAAGAGACCUCCCCAAUCAAGAAACCUGGACGCCAUUGACCCACGAUUCAAGUUCACAGCAUUGAAUUCAAAACAACGGGCAAACGGGAGCUCAUCAGGCUCGCUCCCUCGAUCAUCACGAAGUACAGCAGACGAAGGAGAGAAAGAGAAGCGAAGGUCGUUUUUUAGUGGACAUUCAAAUCACGAUGAGAGUUCUGCGACGAUUCAUACCAAGGGCGGGUCGAUGUCCGAACUGAAGAGAUUUUUGAAAAUUGGCGGAUCGUCGAAAGCAAAGCGAGCGGCGUCUCCUUCUCGUUCACUAAAAUCCGGAUCAAAAACACCGCCCCACCACAAAGCUCCACAGCAACUGCCGUUCGACGACACACAUGGAUUAACAUCCAAGUAUGGCAAAUUUGGAAAGGUGCUGGGAGCUGGUGCCGGUGGUUCUGUGCGGUUGAUGAAAAGAAGUAGUGAUAAUACAACAUUUGCGGUCAAGGAAUUCAGGGCGAGACAUUCGUACGAAUCGGAGAAGGAAUACAACAAGAAGGUUACAGCCGAGUUUUGCAUAGGUUCAACGUUACACCACGGCAAUAUUAUCGAGUCAUUGGAUAUCGUGCAGGAGAAGGGGAAAUGGUACGAGGUCAUGGAAUACGCCCCAUUUGACCUUUUCGCAAUUGUCAUGACCGGAAAAAUGUCAAGAGAAGAGAUCAGCUGCGCGUUUCUGCAGAUACUCAGCGGAGUAACAUACAUGCAUAGUAUGGGAUUGGCACACCGGGAUUUGAAGCUUGAUAAUGUUGUUGUAAACGAGCAUGGGAUUAUGAAAAUCAUCGAUUUUGGAAGUGCUAGUGUUUUCAAGUAUCCUUUUGAAAAUGGUAUUGUACUGGCUUCUGGUAAGUUUGUGGAUACUUCCCCACGAAUUUAUAUUCUAACAGUCAUUAGGAAUCGUUGGUUCUGACCCCUAUCUUGCACCGGAAGUUUACGACGAGAGGAAAUAUGAUCCGCAACCGACUGAUAUUUGGUCACUGGCAAUCAUAUUUUGUUGUAUGUCGCUAAGACGUUUUCCAUGGAAAAUGCCACGGACGACAGACAAUUCCUACAAGCUAUUUGCUUCUGCUCCAUCUCCCGGGACUGACAUGAAAAGACUGUCGGAUGUUCCAGCUCCGUCGAAAUCCACGACAGAUUUAGAUAACCCGGACAGAGAUGCUGUCCCAACUCCAUCCACUGCGCCUGACGACGAAGCCACUAAACCUCCUGGAGCCGCUGUUGCGAACGGCAGUGGCGGGACACCAGAUAAGAAACCGGAAAUCAUCAAAGGCCCAUGGCGUCUUAUGCGUUUACUUCCGCGAGAAAGCCGUCAUAUUAUUUCUCGGAUGUUGACGAUUGAUCCCAAGAAGAGAGCAACGAUGGCAGAAGUUAUAGCAGAUCCAUGGGCUUCAGGAACCAUAAUUUGCAGACAAGAAGAGGGAGGGGCGGUUAUCAAAGCUGAAGGCCAUACUCAUACGCUUGAGCCCCCAUCCGCCCCAGCGGUGCCGGCACCGAAAGCAUGAGCUCGAGCUCUCGGACAGAUUUUCCCGUUGGUAUAGAAAUGGAGCGAGAAGUCUAAUGGUGUUUAGGAAACGGCUGGGUAAAUUUUAUAAUGGAGAUGUUUCUUGCUUUCCCACAAUUUCUAUAGCAUGGCAUGGGUAGAAAGGAGACGGAGGUGUUUACAUAGAAUGGGUGGGAAGUAGACUGUACAGUUGAGGAGCUUCUGAUUUUGGUUCUUGAGGAGAUAUGAUGGUGGUUUUCUCUAGCGUUUGUAGCGUGGCUUCAGUAAGCCUUUUCCGACUUUACACACUUUUAAUGCAAUGAGCGAAAGAUGCCCUCGAAACAAGCUGUUCUUCUGUGUCGAUAUUAGUCUACUUGAAGGUGUGUAAGAGGAGUGGCAAUUCCUAUUCGUG